ACCACUAGCGAGAAGAAGGUAGGGAGGAAAUCGCAAAAUGGCCGACGCGGAGUUCGUGUACUUCCUAAGUUUCUGUUUCAAUUUGGACUGCUUCAGUGAGAUUUAAAAAUUCUGGCGGGUCGCCCCUGCUCGAAAUUGUAAGGUAUUCAUAAUAUUUAAGGAUUUCAGCGGCGUUUCCCUUGAAAACAUGCACGGAUUUUAAUGGCGUGGCCUCCGGAAUGCUUCCUGAUUAUUGUUUAACAGUGUGGCUGUAGUUUUCAGGACCGACAUGUGUGGCGAUGUCUUUCUAUAAUUCUAUGUACAUCUUUGCAAAUGGAUUAAGUCUAAAGAGUCUGUCACAAAAUCGGCUGAGCUGUUUUCAAGACCAUAAACAACAUCGGAUGAUUUCGUCGUUGAGGACAAAUAUCCCCUGACUAUUUAGGAGUGGAUGUAAAAAUGGUGGCGGAAGACUAAGCCAUGGAAGAAGACGAUAUUGCCAAUGAGCUAAUGGAGCUGGUGCUGCCGGGAACGGAGGUGUAUGAUGACCGCAUCAUGCCCCUCCUCCACAGCUCCUAUCUCUAUGACGACUCCAGGAAGUGUUUCCAAUACAGCUCUGCUCACUUAUUCAACAGCCACGCCUUGCAGACCAGGUAUGCUACCUUUCGAGCCGAGAAGCGAGAAUGCGGUUACACUGAGACGGAGCUGGAGGAAUCUUUUGGAUUUCUGCUGUUUGAUGACGAGAAUAAGGCCACUGAGCUGGGGCGGACAGGGCUGCUGGUAGGACAUGCAACGUGCUCCACACUUGGGGACCCUUCCAGAGGUGUGUACAUCUCUAAGCACUCUGAUUGCCUGGACUUCAAGCCCUGGUACAGCGGGAAGACCGGCCAUGUCGCCAUAGUGAAGAUCACCAAGGGCCGUGUGAAAGAGGUGACUGAGAACUACACCCUGAAGUUCACCCCACCCACCGCCGGCUUCGACUGCCAUGAGUCGGACCAGAUGCUCAAGGUCACCGCGGCGACAAGCUCCUUUUUAGCCUUCGAAAGAACACAGUAUUACAUGUAUGAGAUCCCGAGCGGAGGGGAAGACUCAGACCCGUGUCCUCGCCACGUGCUGCCGUUUGCCAUCGUAGCCUUCUCCUACGGCAAGCUGGAGGAUGAGGACGCAGACACACAGGAGGAAAGUUUGCGUGUGGAAAGUGAGGAAAAAACAGCAUUUGACUACAAGCCCUGGACUGGCCAGCUUGCUGUUGACUCCGUGGUGUUGGAUAUUGGACUGAAGUCACAGUCGGGAGCUUUACUACCAGCAAAGCUGCCGGAGCAGUUGACUGCUGAAAGCGUGAUGAGGGUGUCGGAUCUGAAGGCUGUAUUGCCCAAGGAAGUGUUCCAGACCUGUUUCUCUGGCGAGAUUUUCGUUGGAGGAAAGUGCUGCAGCCUCUAUGAGGUUUUCUCCAACGAUGAGGACGACGACAACUCCUCCCUCUACCUCCUCACAAACGAACUGAAGGAGAAGGACUUGGCCCUUGUUUUCCUGUUGAGUGACUCUGGAGUGCUCAUCAUGUUACACUCUGCCUACUUCCUCUCUUAUGAAGGUGCCGGUACUGAGGAAGUGGAUGCGCUCUACGGCUUGUUCAUAUUUCCAGACUCACACGUCAUUCACAAAGACAGCAAGAACAACCAAAAGAAGUCUGCGCUCUCCCUGCGAAUCAGCAAGGUCCUGCCGGCGCUCAACUUCGCAGAGACUGAAGUGGAGAAGUCCCUGUCCACAUCUGUGUUGGCGUCUGCUGCGUCGCCAUCGUCUGCUGCCACGUCGUUGUUGUCGGCGAUCUGCGACCUCCGCUUGUCCCUGGAGCCUCACCUGCGUCGCUACGGCGCCCUCAUCCAGCCGGCAGUGGGGUCCGACAGCGACGACACCAGCGUGCCCCAGCGUGAGGCCGCCAUGUUCCCAGACCAGUACGACUGCAUCGCCCACCUCGCCUACCCGCUGCCCUGCUGGACGGAGCUAUCCCAGCUCCGGGUCGCCACCUACUUCCAGGACCCAGCGUCGUUCGUGAUCCCACUGAAGCGGGCGGCUGAGCUGGUCCGCCAGCAGCCGCAGGGUCGGGACGACGAUGAUGAUGUGUAUUACUAUAUAUCGUCUCCGGAACCGGAGGAGACGCUGCCCUCUUCCUCCUCAUGUGGCGGCGGUGGUGAAGAUGGCAGUGUCACCGAUGUGCCAUGCAGUGCAGAGAACAGUGUCAUUGGUGUGCCAUGCAGUGCAGAGAACAGUGUCAUUGAUAUACCUAGCAGUGUAGAUAACAGUGUUGACAAAAUAUCAUGCAGUCUUGAGAACAGUGUCAUUGAUAUAUCAUGCAGUGAAGAGAACAGUGUCACCGAUGCACCAUGCAGUGCAGAUAAAAGUUGCACCGAUCUUCCAUGCAUCACAGACAACAUCAUUGUGGAUAAGCCCUGUUAUACAGACAAAAACGGCAAUGACACGGCCCGCAGCGCAGACAGUAGCGUCACCAAGAUGCUAUCCAGUGAAGCGAAUGUCAGCAAAGACAGCAGCAUUCCCAUGGUGCAAUCCAGUGAAGAAAACAUCAGUAAAGACAGGCCAUGCAGUCAAGUAAACACCACCUCAGAUAUGCCACAUGAUUCAGACAAAAGUGGCAAGGAUGAGCCUCCACUCUCUGAAAGGUCUGAUGUGGUGUCAGACACAUGCAGUGCAAACGGUAGCAUCACCAAGACACUAAACAGUGAAUCAAACAGCAGCAAAGACAUGCUGUGCAUUCCACUCCCUGAAAGGACUUCAGCUCUGCACCCUGAUGUGGUGUCAGAUAAGCAAACAACAACUGAGGAAGAUAACAUUACAGAGCACUCCUCACCCAGUGCAUCCAACACCACCACGACCUUAGCAGUGGAUUCCAAAAGCAAAGUGCCGUCAGAGAAAGAGAAUCUUCCAGAGCACAAUGCAUCCACCACCACCACCACGACCGCAGCAGUGCCUGACAGGGUGUAUUCCACCAAGAAAGUGCCAUCACAAGAUCCUCAAGAGGAAGGGGGUCGACCAGAGUUGUCUGGGCAGCACAACCCUGCAGAGGUGGUCGGAUCAGCUUUCGAGAAGCUAAGAGCGCUGUUUGACCUGUCCGGCUCCGAUUCCGCAGAAGAACUAGAGGGGGAUGGUCCUACUGCGCCACAGGAGGCUAGCGGUGACGCUGAGUUGUCCACUGGCUUAAGUUCAGACCAGGCACACCGCCACACAAUAGAGGCCGGGGAUGACAGGUUUUCUGAAGGGGGACUGGACGAUGAUGAUGAGGAGGAGGAGGUUAACAUGCCUUCCUUUCAGUUGGACAAGUCUUAUGGGUCAGAGGAAAGUGACAACGAACAGCAGCCAGUUAAGUCAACUGUUAAGGUUGACAUUUGCAUUUCAGAACAGCGGCCACUCUCUGGAACUGCACAGUCACCUUUUCAGAUGGAUGUUGCUCCCCAAGAGACGAAUGAUGCCUCAGAAAAACCUGGACAGCGUAAUGUGACAGAACCAUCUCCUUUACUAAAGUUGUUCCAGAGGCGGCCUUACUUGCCAAACAAAGGUGCGGACACACGCAAGGACUUGAGUCACAGGGAUUCAGAAAUAUCUAGCCCCAAGGCGCACACAACGGUGUGUGACGCAGAGAUUUUAGCUCAUGGGACUACACCGCAUGAUAAAAAAACUGUUAGUGCAUUACCUGAUAAAGAGAAGUCUUCUGAUAAAUCCUAUGGCGAUAAAUUAACAGAUAACAGUGUUGACAAAACACAAUGCAGUGAAGAGAACAGUGUCACCAAUGUACCAUGUAGUGCAGAUAAAAGCCGCACCGAUAUUCCAUGCAUCACAGACAACAUAGUGAUUGUGGAUAAGUCAUGUAAUACAGAGAAAAGCAGCAAGGACACGGCACACAGUGCAGACCGUAUCAUCACCAAGGUGCUAUCGAGUGAAGCGAAUGACAGCAAAGACAGUAGCAUUCCCAAGGUGCAAUCUAGUGAAGAGAACAUCAGCAAAGACCGGCCAUGUAAUCAAGUAAAUGCUGCCGCAGAUAUGCCACAUGAUUCAGACAAAAGUGGCAAGGAUGAGCCUCCACUCCCUGAAAGGACUUCAGCUCUGCACCCUGAUGUGGUGUCAAACACAUUCAGUGCAAACAGUAGCAUCACCAAGAUGCUAUCCAUUGAAUCAAACAGUAGCAAAGACAUUAGCGUCACCAAGAUGCAAUCAGAAGAUAAGUCUUCUGAUAACUCCAAUGACCUUAAAUUAGUUGGACGUCGUUCAUCUCAAAGGGUUUGCCAAAAUGCAUUACCCGAUAAAGAUAAAUCUUCUGAUAAAUCCAAUGACGACAAAUUAGUUAGACGUCGUUUUUCUGAAAGGAUUCGUCCUCAUGGGACUACACCGCAUGAUAAAAAAUCUGUUAGUGCAUUGCCCGAUAAAGAGAAGUCUUCUGAUAAAUCCAAUGACGACAAAUUAGUUGGACGUCGUUUUUCUGAAAGGGUUCGCCCUCAUGAGACAACACCACAUGAUAAAAAAUCUGUUACUGCAUCUGAAAGGGUUCGGCGAAGCGUAGUCCUCAAAAGACCUGAGGCGAGUGACAAACGGAGAGAUGUGCGCAGUUCCACUGAUACUAUCGUUUUAGGUGGUGAUCAUACCCCCAUCAAGACGCCAACUAGCCAGGGUAAAAAGGAGAAAUCUGUUCGUGCAUUGCCAGGUAAAGAUAAGUCUUUUGAUAGAUCCAAUGACAAUAGAUUACGGCGUUCAGUCCUCAAAAGACCUGAGGCGAGCGACAAACAGGGAGCAAAUGUGAGCAGUUCCACUGACGGUCUCGUGGUAGGCAAUCAUACCCCUGUGAAGACGCCAACUAGCCAGAGUGAUAAAAAGGUGAAAUCUGUUAGUGCAUUGCCCGACAAAGACAAGUCUUCUGAUAAAUCCAAUGACGAUAAAUUACGUCGGAGAGAUGUGAAUAGUUCCACUGAUACCCCCAUGAACACGCCAACGUCAACUAGCCAGGGUGAGAGAAAGGAAGACUCCGCCCCUGCAGUUAGUGUAGCUGCGGCGGGUGCAGGUGAUCAUGCCCCCAUGAACACACCAAUGCCAACUAGCCAGAGUGAGAAAAAGGAGGAAUCCUCCCCUGUAGUUAGUGAGAAAGAGGAUUCCUUCCCUGUAGUUGGUGUAACAGCGGCGGAUGCGGCUGUGGAAGUCAACAACGCAAGCGAGAAUCUCCAUAUUACGUUUGAAGCAAAAGCAGAGCUGCCUUCAGAACAGCGGCCAGUCAGUGGUCUACCCGUGCCACCUGUUAAGGUUGGCAUUAGCGUUCCAGAUUCCCCUCCUCGAGAGACAGAUGAUAAACCUCAGGCUUGCCUGCCAGCGCUCUCACCUGCAGAGAGUGAGAAGGAGAACUUCUCCCCUAAAAGGUGUAGUUCGUCAGAGGAUGCCCAUGAGUCGAGUGGCAACAAAAAUUGCCACAGUCAGGACGGGGCACCCACAGAGCUGCCUCCAAAAACAAAACAGUGCUGCGUCAUGGCUCUUUACCCAUCUGGUUCUCCAACAAAGCCCUGCUCUGUUGUUCUUUGUCCGUCUCCAAUGAAGCCCUGCUCUGUGACUCUUAACCCAUCUCCUUCAAAGCACACUGUGAGUAGUCAUCCAUGUCCUCCUCAAACAGACACCUCACACGUUACUCCUCUGCACCCAUGUUCUGCCCAAAAAAGGCCCUCUUCCAUGACUCCUCAUCCACAAAUAGACACCUUAUCUAUGGCUCCUUGUCCUCAAACAGAAACCUUACCUGUGACUUCUCAUCCAAUUCCUGCCCAAACGAAUCAAUCUUCUAUGACUCCUCUUCCAUGCCCUCGCCAAACAGAGACCUUAACAGCAACUCCCCUUCCACAGAAAGAAAGUUUACCAGUGACCUCUCCUCAACAAAGAGAAACUUUACCCGUGAUCCCUGUUCCACAAAAAGAAUAUUUACCAGUGACUUCUGUUCAACAAAGAAAAACUUUACCUGCUACUACUCGUCCACAACAAGACGCCUGCUCUGUGACUCCUUGCGUCUCUCCCCCUCCUCCUCCUCCUCCUCCAUCGGCAGAGCAGCUUGCGCGGGCACACACGUUACCUGUGGUGCCACAUGUAAAAGCACGCACCUUAUCUGUGACUCUCUCAGAAGCACACAACGUACCUGUUGUGUCUCCUGAUCAGCCUGCACCCACCUUACCUGUUACCUGUACCUCACCUAACCGACCUAUACAAGCGGACACCUUACCUGUUGACCGACCUAUACAAGCGGACACCUUACCUGUUGUACUACCUCCUUCUACACAGAAAGAAAAUGUACCAUUGACUUCUGCUCAACAAAGAGAAACUUUACCCAUGACCCCUGGUCAACAAAAACAAAAUGUACCUGCUACUCCUCAUCCACAACAUGAGACCUGCUCUGUGACUCCUUGUCCAUCUCCUCCAUCAGCAGAGCAACCCACCUUUCCUUUGGUGCCACCUGCACAAUCACUCACUACACCUGUCGUGACUCCUCAUCAGUCUCCACCCGCCUCACCUGUUACUCCUCCUUCUGCAGCAUGCAACCAGACUGGGAAGGUUUCAGAGGAGGAAGGCGCCGGGACCAAGGAGUCCCAGGGAGUGAGUGAUGGGGCACGUCAGCAAUCGCCAUCUCUACCAGACAAACUUCCCGUUCCAUCUGGCCAUCCAUGCAAGACUGACAAGGAGGAGGUGGUCAGCGCUACUUCACCUUCCCCUGCGAAGACCCAGAGACCCUUGAAGUCAGACAAAGAGGAGAAAAGCGUUUGCUCUGCGGUCGGACUAGGCAUGAGUGUUCUUGACAGUGCAGAGGUGUUGCCAAAAGACAAUGGGUCAAACGGGGCAGUGCCCAUGUUGAAAAGUCUUGCGAGGAAAGUAAGGGAUAAGGUAGAUGGUCCUCUGUCGAAAUCGACACCCCCACGGUCACAGACAGUUGGCCCUGUUGUUGACAGCUCCUCAGGGACUCUUCAUCAAUGUCCUUCUCAAGCAGACACCUCACGAGUUACUCCUCCUCGCCCACGUUCUGUCCAAGAGAAGCCCUCUUUGGAUGAGGAGUCACGCAAGACAGACACCUUAUCUGCGACUCCUUUUCCACAAACAGAAACCUUACCUUUGACUUCUCACCCACCUGAUCAACCAAAUGCGUCUUCUAUGACUCAUCUCCCAUGCCCUCGCCAAGCAGAGACCUUAACAAGAACUAAUUUUCCACAGAAAGACAAUUUACCAGUGACUUCUGCUCAACCCAGGAAAACUUUACCAGUGACCCCUGUUCAACAAAUAGGAACUUCCCCUGCUACAGACAACUUGGGUGUUAUUCCUCCUUGCCCAUGUUCUGCCCAAAAGAAGCACUCUGUGGACGAGGAGUCAUGCAAGACAGACUCCUUACCAAAAACAGAAACCUUACCUGUGACCUCAGACACCUCACAUGUUACUCCUACACGCCCAUGUUCUGCCCAAACAAAUCCCUCUUCUAUUAUUCCUCUUUUAUGCCCUCGCCAAGCAGAGACCGUACUUGUGACUAAUUUUCCACAGAAAGAAAAUGUACCAUUGACAUUUGCUCAACAAAGAGAAACUGCCCAAAAGAAGCCCUCUGUGGAUGAGAAGUCAUGGAAGAAAGACACAUUACCAAAAACAGAAACCUUACCUGUAACUCCUCACACAAUUCCUGCCCAAACCAAUCCGUCUUCUGUGACUCCUCAUCCAUGCCCUCGCCAAGAAGAGACUUUACCCUUGAUUCCUCAGUCUGUGGAAGGAGAAGUUCAGCUGAAGACGAGGCGUAGUGCACGGACAGAGAAGGGCGGCCCGGCCUUACCUUUGUCAAGACGUGUCUCAUCUUCCUUGGCAAAACGUGACACAAGUGGUGAGAGUGACUUGAAAUCGCCACCUAGUGCAGCAGACCACAAUUAUUCCUUGCGGUCUCAAAAACAGAGCCCAAGCCUGCCGCAACAAGAGACGUCUGCUGAAAAAGACAUGAAAGUUCGUCGCAGAGGUCAAAGGAUCGACUAUCGAAAACUAGCCAAGGGCGAGGAGGCCACCUGUGAGGAAAAAGCUAACAAGAAAAGGACACGGCAUGUGGCCGGUCUGGAUGUUAAGAUGAUCAUCACUGACUGUGGGAGCGUGUUCGUACCGCACGGUUCUGACAUGCAGCCUGAGGACGUGCAGCUGGUGAGAAAGAGGCAGAAAGAUACCGAUCGUAGAAAGAGCUUGAGCUCAACAAGCGUUUCGACGUGCUCAAGCGAAGCUCAACCGUCCACGGCCCUGUUCCCAGACUCCACAGAGUACUCGGGAAAGGUCAAGUGCGAGGCAGUCAAGGAGGACGCGAAAGGUCAAAAGUGCCUUUCAAGGUCACCAGACGGAGAGAGGCCGGCGCUCAAAAUGGCGGAGCAGGACCAGAAAGCGGUUGAUGACGAGGCCGAGGUUUUUUUCACCUUUUUGUCAUCUGAAACCGAAGAGCCAGCUGAGUCUGACAUGGAUGCCUCUUCUUCCACGGUAGCAGAUGCUUCCGGAACUGCUGGCGGUUCCGCGAACUCUGAGCGCAAGAUCCGGAAUAAGAGGAAGUACACAGUGACGCCGAUCAGCGGCCUGAAGGCUGUGUUCCGGGCAGGCAGGCGCUGCAGGUCACUCGGGGCCUCAUUGCUGAAGCAGUGGCAGAAGAUCAACUCCAAGGACAUCUUCAAAGAGCCCGGUUCUUACUCAGAUGGCGACAUGAGCUUCACUAAAGAACUUCAGGGCUCUGACGACGGCAGCAUUGGCAGUGCUUUGCUGGAGAUUCCACUCGAGCCAAUCCCGGAGCCCGUGACCAAAGAGAGGACGAAAGUGAAACGCAGCGGAAGCAACGGCAACGACACCGAGGCGCGUGGUAAAGGCAAAGGCCAAGGCAUGGCAGGUCCGACUCCUCCUGCGAUGCCCCAGCAGCACCACAAGAGGGAGCUCCGCGCGUCCGCUUUCCAGCAGCAGAGGAGGAUCGUGCAAAACGGUGAACUGAUCGAGGUCUCGCGGACGUGGCGUGAGGCAUAUGACUUCGGUCUGGACAGCAAGUUCGUUAAGAACCCGCAUGAUGCCACCGUGUCCAGAGCGCUACAUGGGCCAUGGAACUUCGACCAGAGUGAUUCGGAGGAGGAGACCAAUCUGAUCUUCCACAUCUGGAUUGGCCUCUUCUACAGCCAGACGGCCCCGCGCUUCUUCCACACCGAUGCACAUCAGAACCCCCUCCAGAAGGACAAACCGGUGGACUUCCUCAACGCGAAACCAGACCUCAUGCCCGCUAAAGUCGCUAAGCAGAAAGACUCUGCGCUCGUGGCCUUGUCGAAAACUGGUAUUGGCACAAGCACGGAAUUCCUGAGCGGUGCCACACAGGCAGUCUAUCACUCAGUCAAGGGCAGCGGACAACACCACUGUGUCGGCAGUGUGUACGCUUACGUUGUUGAUCCCAUGGCUAGCUUGCUAAUGCUAGCAUCAGAUCCUAGCGAUCCGCUGGAUCUCUCUGGCAACAAGCACCAUGGGGACACUUCAGUGUCGCAGGCUGCGGUGGAGACUGAGGCCAUGCCGGAGAGCCCUAUGUGUGAGGUUCUGGACCUCUCCAUGAAGGGCAAGAAGCGUCAGCGUGAAGAUGAUGAGGAGGACGAGGACCGAGUCACCCCUGGCAACACUGCUGCGGGUCGGCUGGGGAUGGGAGUGGGAGGAGGUGGCGGCGGUGAGACGCUCCGGGACGUCAACAUGCCCUUGGACAUGAGGACACUGGUCACCUGCACAAAGGAGGACGAUGAUGAGAUCAGCAGCGCAGAGAGGACUGUGGCAGACGAUUGCGAAAGCCCCGCUGCUACAAUGGCCAAUUCCCCCACUGCAAACACACUCAAACACGCUCACACCACCGCAAGCUCUCACAGCGCUCCACUCAAGAAGGAGACACAGGGUAAUAACAACCCAGCAAGCAGCAGUGAUCCACUCAAAGAGCCGUUGGGGAAUAACAACUCAGCGAGCAGCAGUGCUCCACUCAAGAAGGACACCCAGGGUAACAAUAACCCAGCAAGCUCUCACAGCUCCCUGCUCAAGAAGGAGGUGUUGGGUAGUAAUAACCCAGCGAGCAGCAGUUCUCCACUGAAGGAGUCAUUGGGUUGUAGCAAUAACCCAGCAAGCUCUCACAGCACCUCGCUCAAGAAGGAGGUGUUGGGUAAUAACAACCCAGCAAGCUCUCACAGUGCUACACUCAAGAAGGAGCCGUUGGGUAGUAAUAACCCAGCAAGCUCUCACAGCGCUCCACUGAAGAAGGAGACCUUAGGGAACAUCAUCACGGUGAGCACUGGGCCACAGGGCCGGUCUGGAAAGGUGGUAAUAGUGAUGGAGUCGACACAUGUGUCAAACAAGAAGGAGGCGUCGGGUAAGACGGCAGCAGCAGCAAUCAGCACUCCUUCUGGAAGCAGAGAGGAGGAGGAGGUGGCAUCGGAGGUGAAACGAGGUGGGUCAAACAGCGAGGAUUUGUUGGCUAAAGCCGUGAAGAGCAGCGAAAAGGAGUUGAAUAUUGUAGCAGCGAGCAGCACUCUGAGUCUUGCUGGAAGGCAGGUGGUGGACGCUGCAUCGGCUAAAACAGCAGGGAGCAGUACUCUGGCUGUUUCUGGAGUACCCAUGGCAGAAUUGAAACGUGGGUCAGCAUCGGCCAGCAUUGAACUGAACAGUGCUGUGAGUCUUUCUGGAAAGGAAACGGUGGAAGUGAAAUGUGGGACAGACAAAAAGGACACUGUGUCAGGAACUACAGUAACGAGCAGUACUCUGGGCCUUUCUGGAGGGCUGAUGAGUUCUGGAAAACAGGUGGUGGAGUUGAGACGUGGCUCAGACAAGGAGGAGAGCAAAGGCUCUGCUGCUUCAGGUAAUCAAGCUGAACUGAGCACAGCUCUGGGUCUUUCUGGAAUACCAAUGGUGGAAUUAAAACGGGUGCCAGUCAGGAGGGAGGCUGCGUCGGCCAACAGUGAACUGAGCAAUACUAUGGGCAUUUCUGGAAAGGGAGUAGUGGACUGGAAACGCGUGUCAGAGAAGCAGGAGACUCCCUCGGGUAAAGUUGAACGGACUAGUGCACUGGGCCUCUCUGAAAAGGAGAUGGACGAGUUGAAGCGUGUGCCAGUCAAGAGGGUGGCUGCGUCAGCCAACAGUGAACGGACCAGUGCUCUUGGUCUUUCUGGAAAGGGAGCAGUGGAUGCUAAAUGUGGCAAGGAGGAGGCUGUCUCGGGUAAAGCUGAACGGACUAGUGCUCUUGGUCUUUCCGGAGAGGAGAUGGGAGAGUUGAAAUCUGGGACAGCCAAGCAGGAGACUGCCUCGGGUAAAGUUGAAGUGCGCACAGCUCUGAGACUUUCUGGAAAGGAGAUGGUGGAGUUGUUUGGCCGCCUGCAAGAGGAUCGAAACCUUGGUGUCACCCAGGACGGCGGCGACAUCAAGUAUCGAUUCUACAUCCUGGAGACGUCAGAUGAUGCCUUCUUCAGAGAGACAAAGGAGAAGCUUGAGGCUGACGGGCAUGUUGCCGUGGGAACGCAGCAGUUGGACCUGGUCACGCCCUACCCUUCUUCCUCCUCCUCUUCUUCUUCCUCCUCUUCUUUGCCGUUACUCGUGGUGGUACGGAACCAGGACAUCGCCAACCACAUCUGCCAGAUCCCUGCUCUCCUGUCUCUGAAGUCGUCUCCCAGUGUGGUGUUUGCUGGCGUGGAUCGCCCAGACGACGUUCGCCUCCGCACGCACGAGGAGCUGUUCUCACGCGGAGGAUUCGUACUCUACGACGGCGCCAAGCUCAAGGAACUCACACUCGCGUGUAUGGAGCGCGUGGCAUCAUUGCUGCGCCAGCUGGGCAGGAAGGGGAAGUGGAAAUGGUAUCUACACUACAGAGACAGCAGAGCACUCCGCGAGGAAGCACGCACCAGUGAGGUGGCUCGCAGGAAGAAACACUUCCUGGAUGGCUGCCAGGAGGCGGGGCUUGUGGAGGUGCUGCCCUAUCACGACUGUGACAUCAUGUCACGUGACCCGCCGCCCUACCUGCCCUGCUUGGUCCGCCUGCAGGCUCAGAAUGUAAUGCGCCGCUUCCCAGUUUUUAUUACAGGUCAAACGGACAACUCCUUCGGGAGCAGUGGGAUCUUCACAACAGACACAUUUUUUUAAAUGUUUUAUUCUAUAAAUGUGUAAUUUGUAUUUGUUUUAUAUUAAAAUAGUUACAAAUGUUCCUCGAAUACAAACUGUA